AUGUUGACGUCGAGAGUGUUGCUGGGUUUGGGGUCGCGGGCGCUCCGCAGGGGCUUUGCCAGCGAUGCGAAGGCCGAAGUUACGGCCCUCUACGAUUUUCACGUGGAAAAUGGGGGCAAAAUGGUCAAUUUUGGCGGGUUUAUGCUCCCGGUGCAGUACAGCGGUUUGGGCAUAGCCGCCUCACAUCUGCACACCAGGAAAAAUGCGUCGCUUUUCGACGUCUCCCAUAUGCUACAGACGGAAAUCUCCGGCGCUGACUGCUUAAGUUACAUGGAGUCUAUCUGUACCGCCGACCUCAAAACCCUCCCCCCUAACACCUCCACCCUCACCGUCUUCACCAACGACAAAGGGGGCGUGCUUGACGACUUGAUCAUCACAAAAAUUUCCGAUGAUCACUUAUACGUUGUUUCAAAUGCCGCCAUGAAAAAACAAGAUCAACAACACUUGCUCACAGCCCUCGACAGCCACAAAAAAACAAACCCCAACUCCAACAUCAAGAUGAAGUUUUUCGAACCAAGCGAACGCGGAUUGGUUGCUUUACAAGGCCCGAAGGCGGCUGAGGUUCUACAAAAACUGACAGAUGUCGACCUGUCAAAACUAUAUUUCAUGACAUCAACGGAGGCCACGGUUUGUGGCUGUGGCGCAUGCCGGGUCACCCGGUGUGGUUACACUGGCGAAGAUGGCUUUGAAAUUUCAAUGCCGGCCAUAAAACAAGUCGACAUCACGCGAGAAAUCAUGAAAAAUGAGGCGGUCAAGUUGGCUGGGUUGGGUGCAAGGGAUUCGCUACGCCUUGAAGCUGGGAUGUGUCUCUAUGGUAACGACCUGACAGCCGAGACCACGCCCAUCGAAGCCGCCUUGACGUGGCUCGUUGCCAAACGUCGCCGCGAGUCACGUGACUUUCCAGGGGCGGAAACUAUCGUUUCGCAGAUUAAAAAUGGAACAAGUAGGAAAAGGGUCGGACUGAUUGCGGAUUCGGGCCCCCCAGCUCGUCACGGCACCCCCAUUGUGGACGCCAAUGGCAAUGAAAUCGGUUCGGUUACGUCCGGUUGUCCUUCGCCAAGUCUCGGCAAAAACAUCGCAAUGGCGUACGUCCCAGCCGACUUGAGCAAAAACGGAACGAAACAUAAUCUCAAAAUACGCGAUAAAAUAUACUCAGCUGUUGUGACUAAAAUGCCGUUUGUUCCCUCAAACUACUACAAUAAACCGAAAUAAAUGAUUUGAAAUGA